CUCCAAACCAGAACAAAUUUCCUUCAUGACCACUUCAAAAUAUUUUCUUUGUUUCACAGGUCCUUACCUGCACUUCCAUGCUUUUGUCGUUUCUUGCUGUUUUUAUUAUUUUCUUAUCAUGAUGAUACCUGCGUCGCACUCUGUUCCAUACGGCUGCCCGUAACUGCGACUGGCUAUUAUAGCUGAGCCAAAAAUUGUCUUAGUGUGUCACAACCUUGCCUGAUACGCGUGCCCCCCUAUGUUCCCUAUGUCAGAUGUCUAACAAAAUCAUCAUGACAACUCAUGUUGCCUUGAACUCAUCUGCCAAAUAUCUGUGCUCUCUUCAAGCUUCUUUGUUACAGCAUCAUAGCCACCUUACGUUCAUGCUUGCCAAUUCGAAUAAAUACUCCGAGGUCUUGUGGCGACCUUCCGAGUGUCUUGACUUCCACUACCAUGGCACAGUGUAACCAAUGCGACCGUUCAUUUCGUUCCACUCAGGCAUUGUUUGCCCACUGUCGCGACAAAGCUGACCACCCCUUCUGCGAGGACUGUGAUAGAUUAUUCUCGACUUUUACUGGACUGGAUCAGCACAUGCAAAACGCUGUGGUACAUCGCAGCGACGGUGAAUCGGACGACUAUGGGUUCGAGAGUGACAGUGACGAAGACGAAGACGAAGAACCGCUCUGUAUAGGAUGCAAUAGGUGGUUUGUUGACCUGGCAAGCCUUUAUCAGCACCUUGCUGCCAGCUCAAAGCACAAUUGGUGCUUUGCUUGCUCGCGCGAUUUUGCCACCCCGACUUCAUUGGAUCAACACUCAUCCUCUCCUGUGCACAGGGGUCUGGAUUUCGAGUGCCCUUUGUGCCCAAAGAGGUUCAAGACCCCUUCCUCGAUUGCCCUUCAUAUCGAGUCAGGGACUUGUCACAAUAUCUCACGAGCCCAAGUAACCGCGGCAGUCCAUGCACUCGAGGUAGUGCCUACGAUUUCGGUCUCUCGCCGCAUAGAAGGAGGAACGAUUCGCGUUGUGACUUACUAUGUGACAGAGCGCGCCUUCAACGGCACUGCCUACGAGUGUUAUCUUUGCCACCGUACUUUCCGUACCUUGGGGGCUCUGAACUCCCACAUCAACUCUCCAACACAUGACGCGGAUGAGUUCAAGUGCCCAAAGUGCAAGAGGAAGUACAAGUUGGUUUCAGGCUUGAUGCAGCACAUUGAAUGCGAAGCAUGUGGGAUCGCGAGGUUCCAGGUGGUGGAAGACUUUACGACAAAUUUGAUCGACCAGUUUUUGAAGCGCCUGAAGUUCUAACUUCGAUUGAGAAGGAUUACGGUCGGAUUUCAAAGGGAAUAUGUACUGUAAGUGUAAUAUAUGUGUAUUUCUACGAGAAAGUGAAUCAGAAUUGGUUUGUCUUUUUGUUGUCGUUACUGAAGAAGUUCUAGCCUAGAACUCACC